UAUCUCUUUUGAUUGGCCAUUAGACAUCAGCAGACGAUAUCAUGCUAACUGUGAGGUGAUGAUCGUCUACUUAUAGAUAAGAUUAAGAGCCGGUCAUUGACAUAAAACUUUCUUCCCGCGUAUUGCAUUGAUUUAGGAAAGCUAUGACUAGCUACUUUAACCAUCUUGGCAAUGAGCUGUGGAACCAGCUUCCAUUGCAUCCUACCGGGAUCACAUCGGCCUUUCUUUGUGUCGUCUGCUGCGUCGGCGCAGUGUAUUUGAAAAUAAAAAGGAGCCCCCCAGUGCAAAUGAUUAGCACACAUUUUAAAUCUACUGAUCCAGAGGUGAUAAUAAUCGGAUCAGGGGUUGCUGGGUCUGCCAUGGCUGCUGUUCUUGCACGAGAUGGCCGAAAAGUGACAGUCAUAGAAAGAGACCUUAAAGAACCAGACAGAAUUGUUGGUGAACUCCUUCAGCCUGGAGGCAUCAGAGCUCUUCACAUGCUUGGCUUGGGAGGCUGUGUUGAAGGUUUUGAUGCACAUACUGUGAAGGGCUAUGUUAUUCACGACCAUGAGACCAAGUCUCAAGUGAUUGUCCCCUACCCAGAAAAGGAUGAUGAUGUCACCUCAGGGCGGGCUUUUCAUCACGGAAAAUUUGUUAUGGCACUGAGGGAAGCUGCUAGAAAAGAAAAAAAUGUACAGUACAUAGAAGGGACUGCUUCCCGGCUAAUUGAAGACAAUGGUGUGGUGGUUGGCAUCGAGUACCGAGAAAAAGAGUCGCAGGAGACUAAAGAAGUCUAUGCACCUUUGACCAUUGUGGUGGAUGGUUGUUUCUCCAAGUUUCGUAAAGAUCUGGUAAAGGAAACUGUGCGAGUUACUUCUCACUUUGUGGCAACUCUUAUGAACCACUGCCCACAAGCUCGUCAAAACCAUGCUGAGCUAGUGCUAGCAAACCCAAGCCCUGUGCUUAUUUACCAAAUUUCUUCUGAACACACUCGCGUGCUGGUGGAUGUCCGUGGUUCUAUGCCUAAAGAUCUGAAAGCACACUUACUGGAAAAAGUCUUACCCCAGCUGCCAGGACACAUUCAGAUUCCAUUCCAAGACAGUGUUGAAAAUGGCCGUGUCCGCAGCAUGCCUAACAGUUUUCUGCCACCCAGUCCUAUUGAGCGCCCUGGGGUACUGGUUCUUGGUGAUGCCUUCAAUAUGCGACAUCCUCUCACUGGGGGUGGAAUGACCGUAGUUUUUAAUGACAUCGUAAUAUGGCGUGGACUUCUGCAGGCUAUUCCAAAUUUUUCUGAUCACGAGGCAGUCAUAGCUGCAUUGAGAAAGUUCCAUCUGCAACGUAAAAGUAACCAUUCCUUUGUUGUCAACGUUCUGGCUCAAGCAUUAUAUGAACUUUUUGCUGCAAAAAGUGUGCACCUGCAGGAUCUAAAAUCUGCAUGUUUCAAGUACUUCAAACUGGGUGGUCAGUGUGUUUCUGGCCCAGUAGGACUCUUGUCUGUAUUGUCUCCAAAGCCUCAUAUCCUCAUUGGUCACUUUUUUGCGGUGGCUGCGUAUGCAGUUUACAACGUUGCAAAGAGUGAACCCAUCUGGGCAGUACAUCGCAUGGUCUAUCGCUCAGCCAUGAUCUUGCUUUCAGCAUGCAGCGUUCUUUUCCCUCUAAUAUGGCUGGAAAUUAAAACACUACUGUUGUGAUGCUAUCAAAAGACAAGAGAAUGAUGCAUCACUUAACAAUGGAGAUAUAUUUUGAGAAAUACACUGUUUGGCAAUUUUGUCUUUGUGCAAACAUAAGGUGUACUUUUCUAGAUGGUAUAUAGCCUAUUACUCUUAGGCUACAGACAUACACAUCUGUUUACACUAGCAUCAGUACAAAUAUGAGUAAAGUUCUUGAGUUACGACAGCUAGGACUUCACCACAAGUAGAAAUCUUUCAGCUCCAUGAUAAUCCUAUGGGACCGUCAUUGUACAUAAAAAUCACUCUUGACUGAAAUAUCAUUGUAUGUCAUUCCAUAAUUGUAUAAUAUUUUACCAUACUAAUUUAUUACAAUCUUUGAAAUUAUGCAUAAGACAUUCAGGUUAAUCAGAUGCUUAUGUGGACAAAAGGCACUUGCAUAGUCUACUGCUAUAAAAUUAGCAUGGCAGUCUCCAGCUAUAAGAAGUAAAAACAUUGACAAUCAUGUUCUUCAUGUAAUAAUGCUUUUCUUUGUAUUUCCACUUGAUAUGAUAUGUAGGUUAAUUUUAUGUUUGACUAGUUCUCAUGUUUGAUGAUAUAUAUUUAUGCAUAUUCAUGAUGAAUAUGUGCCUCCUGGCCUACGGUAAUACAUGAAGGGAAACAGGUAUUAUAUAGCUUUGACCCUUGAAAGAAUGUCCUUACAUUGUAUUAAAGUACUAAGACUGUUUUUUUGUAUGAUUACGUUGAUAUAUGCUGACUACAAGGUUAGAAUUUACGUAGACUAUAUCUCCUACACACUUUCUUUUUGACAGUAUUCAGUCUGAUUAAUCACAUAUUUUAUCUCAUACUUUAAAGCAGCAAUUAAAUUUAUGAAAUAAUUGUUGAAAGGCAUGUCAUCGUUCAUUUUACUGUGUCUUUAUAAAAUUUUGGCCUCUUUUCAAAAUUAUUAAAUUUUUUAAAAUAAAAAAUAAUGUUGAAGAAAUAUGCCUGCCAACAGCUUUCUAAAUCUGUAAACUUGGUGAAUUAAUGAACUUCAAUCUCCCAUGCUUUCUCAAAUAAAGAAUAGUUAUAAAUGUUCUGAUAAGUCUGGGUUUGGCUGAAAACAAUGUAUGUACAUGUACCUCUUCAGGCUGUGAAUGUCACAUUCACAAGAGCUCAGGGUUAGCACAUAAACCAAUACUUGUGAUCACAAACAUACGUGCUUUGUUUCUCCACACAAGUGCAGAGCUUAGAAUCAACUUCCUGAAGUCAGGAAGAAUUUCAUUUGCUUGUUACCUACCAUCAAUCAUCGAUAAAUGUUUUCUAAAUAUGUAUUUUUGUAAAUUAAAGAAUUUUUUUUUAA